AUGCCCACAGAAGACAUCGAGGACUUUAAGGCGACGCCAGUGAAGCUCAAGGAGGGCAGAAGCAUCAUCAACGAUCCUAAUAUUCCGUCCGGUCACAAGUAUCCCACGAGUGACAAACGUAUGGAUACGCUUCGCAUGAUGUACAAGGUUGGGUUCGGCCCAUCCUCCUCUCACACGAUGGGGCCGCGCUUUGCUGCUGAACGCUUUUUUAACGAAACCCCUGGAGCGUCAUCCUACGUCUGCACACUGUAUGGGUCUCUUGCUCAGACCGGUCGCGGCCACCUCACGGAUUCUGCAAUAGCAGAUGUCUUAAAGGGGUGCACGUUCAAUUGGAUGCCCACGAAGGAACUGCCACGGCACACCAAUGGAAUGGUGGUAGAGGCAUACGACGCGGAGAAGAACCUUAUUCUUAAACGGGUAUACUACUCCGUCGGUGGCGGAGCGUUGCAGGAUGGUGACCUCAAAGAUCUGGACAAGGUUAAGUGCGUCGGUGCUGUGACUAUUGAGACUGCCAUCAUCACGUCUCACAUGACUGACACGGAUGAGAAAUCUGGAAUCCCCACGGCAGAAAAAAGCUCUCCCUAUCAGGACUUCCCACACUUUUCAGACAUUAAGAAAUGGUGUUUUGCAAAUGAUAAGACCCUCUAUGAGUUUGUCUACCAAUUCGAUGAACCUACCAUCAAGGACCAUUUGGCAUACUGUUGGAACGCCAUGAAAGAAGCUGUCGAAAGAGGCCUUAAGAAGAGCCAUCCAGUCGAAGCAUCUGGCCAUCUGAAAUAUCCUAGGAAAGCGUUUGCAUAUCUAGCGAAGGCAGAGCAGAUAGGGCGAUCUCCUGCUCAAGAUAGACAAAUUGUUCUUAGGAAGAAGUUCCUUAACCUUGCAUAUACUCUUGCUGUAUCAGAAGAGAAUGGCAGCGCUAGUGGAAACGUAGUCACGGCCCCUACGUGUGGAGCUUGUGGAAUAGUCCCUGGCUGCAUGUACUACUUUUAUAGCGAGUACAAAGUUCCUGAUGACGUUAUCCUUGAUGCGCUUGCUGUGGGCGGGAUAAUUGGAAACAUCGCUAAGUGCAACGGGUCUAUCUCUGGUGCAGAGGCAGGAUGCCAGGCUGAGGUCGGCGUUGCGACAGCUAUGGCUGCGGCAGCGAUAUGCCAUAUACUAGACUAUAUUGAUGUUAGAAAUGGGAAAGACCCCAUGUCUAAAAGGGACAUCGUUUCGUGUGAAGAAGUAGCGGCUGUCGGUGCUCUGCAGCACGCCCUUGGACUUACGUGCGACCCCGUGCUUGGCCUGGUUGUUGAGCCAUGCAUCGAACGUAAUGGAGCGUAUGCCCUUCGUGCACACUACGCAGCCACCAUGAGUAUGUCUAACGCCCAUGACGAGCUUCUUAGCUGGGACGAGAUAGUCCACACGAUGGUUGUAACGGGCCACGAUCUUCCGUUCGAGCUUCGAGAAAGUGCACAGGGUGGCCUUGCCCACUUCUAUUGCCUCGAUGAUGUCACAGAUGGAGCAACGGUUAAGAGCAGCGCUGGUCCCAGCAACCUACUUACUAUGUAA